AUGAUCGACCUUGACAAGCUCUUCAAUCCCUGUUUUGUGGAAGAGGAGGCUGCUCGCCUCAGGUUUGCUUGCGAGGAUUGGGGAUUUUUUCAGCUUGUAAAUCAUGGAAUACCAGACGAGAUCAUCACAAAUAUAAGAAGUGACAUUCAGAGUUUCUUCCAACUUCCUCUGAAGGUGAAAUGUGACUAUGCACAGGUUCCAGGAAGCCUUCAAGGCUAUGGCCAAUCGUUUGUUGCGUCAGAAGGUCAAAAACUUGACUGGUGUGACAGGUUUGCCAUCAUAGCCCAACCGCCUCAGGCCCGUGAUAUGAAAUAUUGGCCUACUCAACCUCAUACUUUCAGGAAAUCUAUUAAUGACUACUCUUCUGAGUUGAUGAAAAUUGUUGGUUCUGUUGUUCACUUCAUUGCAAAAACAUUAAAUAUUGAUCUCAAACUAAUGGAUGACAAAUAUGUGUCUCAAGUUUUGAGGAUGAAUUACUACCCUCCAUGCAUGACCAUGGCCGAAAAGGUAUUGGGUUUCUCCCCACAUUCAGAUGCAUCUUUUCUAACCCUCCUUUUAGAAAUUAAUUCAGUUGAAGGCCUUCAAAUUAAAAGGCACAAUGCAUGGACCAUAGUGAAAUCAAAUCCUAAAGCAUUGCUGGUGAAUGUGGGUGACUUUCUUGAGAUUGUGUCAAAUGGAAACUACAAGAGUGUUGAACACAGGGUUACAAUAAAUGCCAAUCAAGAACGGUUAACGAUAUCAGCAUUUCAUAUUCCAUCACUUGAUGGAGUAGUUGCACCUGUGACAAGCAUCGCAGAAGAGAGAUCCUAUACAAGACAAUGGGAGUAG